AUGGCCGCCGCGCCGCUGGACGAAACCGUCUGGGCGACGAUCCCUCAGUACGAGAUGGGCUUGCACAGCAACAGCGUGCUCUUCUAUUUCGCCGAGUCCAUGUUCUAUGACAGGACGUCCAACAACGAAGUCCUCUUCCAACAAGGACUCGCUAACCCCCACCUUACUCCGUACCUAGCGACCCGCGAGAUGUUCGAAGGGCGUCUCAAGACCAUGUCCGGGCUCGAGUUCCUCGUCGCCCAGGAGCCUGCCGAAACAGGACCCGGCGCGGGUACCGGCGUGUGGGUGAUCAACAAGCAGAUUCGGAGGAAACAGUCGCCCCAAGACGAGAUUACCGUGCUCGAGACGUACUAUUUGGUGGGGGAACGUAUUUACAUGGGGGCGAGCUUCGCGGACAUCAUCAGCUCCCGGAUCGCGUCGAUGUCCUCAGCGAUAGACAAACUCCUCCCCAUCUCCGGCAGCGCACAAAGUUGGUCUCCCUCCCAAGGCCGCGUCUACCAAAACCCUAGCACCAACACCAACACAACAACAACAACUAAAGGCACCACCCCACUACCCCCCGAGAUAACCACCACCAAACAACCUACCACGGCCACGACAACAACAACAACCGCCGCUACCACCAACCUCCCAACCUCCCGCCUCAUCGAAGAAGCCCUCAGCAUCCACCAACAGUUCGGCAACCACUACAUGGACGAGAACCCCAUCACCGGCAAGCCAGGCGACUUCCAGCUCGCCUCAACGGGUCGCAAGCCCGUCAACCUCUCAGCCGCUGGUGCACUCCAAGCGAAGAAAGCAGCCUUAGGCGUGCCUAACCUCCCGGCGCUGAACACCACGAAACUUGGUAAUGGCAGUGAUAACCCGCUGUCAGGGGCGGCAGGGGGACGACCGACGGGGAAGGAGACGAAGAGUCCGAAGACGCCGGGGGGUGGGAGUAUGCAGAAGAAGAGGAGGAAGGGGAGUAAGGCGGCUGUGACGCCUCAGUGA